AUGUUGAAGACAUGGUGGCAGCGGUGGGAUCAUCCAAAUGAUGACGGGGAGAACGGCGCAGUGGAUGCCCUUUGCGAUGCCUUUAAAAAGACUGGAAGGACUGAUCUAGUUCUGCUUCUCAGGGGUUCUGUGGAUGGUUCAGGACAUUUCAACCUUGACGCUUACCGCGAUGAGUUCAUCAGAUACUACCAAGACGAGAUGAGUGUGGUUCCUUUGCUCCCGUGGCUCCCAUCUGAGGUCCGUAGGAUUAAUGACAUAUAUGUGAAACUGAAGCUGCAAGAGAGACAGGACGAGGGUAGGAAGGUGAAAAAACAGGAAAUUGACUCCCACGAGGACAUGUUCAAACUGGAGUAUGAAGACGGCAAGCCGGUCAGAUUUAUCUUGCUGUCUGGCAUUGCCGGCAGUGGCAAGACUACCAUCGUGUCAAAGAUUGCCACCGACUGGGCAGAACAGAAGCCCGGAUCUCCGCUCUCCGAAUUUACCUUUUUGAUGGCCUUGAGUAUGCGAGAACUUCAGGGCGUCUCUGAUCUGACCGAGGCAAUAUAUGACCAGAUCCUUGCAGAUGACACGAAGCUUGAUCGCCAAUCUUUGACAAAUUACUUGAGUUCACAUGCCGAAAAAAUCCUGGUCGUGUUGGAUGGCGCUGAUGAGUAUGAUAAAGAGGGUUCCCAGUUGCCAUCUGAAGGUUUCAUCACUGACAUCAUCAGAAACAAGAUUCUUCGUGGAUGUACCGUCCUCGUCACAACACGUCCCCACAUGGUGGACAAGUUGUGUGAGCUCAAUCCUUCUUUCAUUCAUAUUGAGACCAGGGGUUUCUCAGACGAAGGAGUCCAGGAAUACAUUCAGAAGUUUUUCAAACGCAAAGAUCCAACGGUGUCUGUUGGACAGUUUGGAUAUUUGAAGGCAUCUGGGACCUUUCUAAGUUUUGCGAGAACACCCAUAAUGCUGCUGCUCAUGUGUCUUGUAUGGUCAGACGAACAGAAGCUUCCCGAGACACUGACAGAGUUGUUUAAGGAAGUGCUUCUCUUCAUUUUGAAACGUCACUUUCAAAAAUUCGGUUUGUCAAAUCCUGAAGACAAGGGUUUACUUGAGAAUGAGGUGAUAAAUCUAGUGAAAGCGUUAGGAGCAAAAGCGCUGGAUGGUCUGAUGCUUCCUGGUCAGAAGUUAGUCUUUGAAGCUGGGGACUUUGGGAAUUCUGAAAUGGUUGACAAGGCUUGCAAAACUGGAAUUCUUUCCAAAGAGAAAAUUCGAAGUAAAUUAAGAGCGGUUGAGCGAGUGACUUUCUUUCAUAAAACCUUCCAAGAGGCAAUUGCUGGGUUUUAUUGGGCGAGUCUAGUCGAGUCUGAUGACGGGUUGUUUGAAUCUUACCUGAGUAAGGUGGACAGGAAUAAUGCCGUUGAUAUGGAAUACCUGAUGCGUUUUUGCUGUGGUGGAAAUGUCAAAGCGGCAGAAUCCCUUCUUGGCUACGUCGAAACUUUCGGGUUGAAAACUUACUUACAGGACUAUGUGCUCUUUUUUCCAGAGCCAAAUGAGCCACUCAGGAGGCUUUGGAUUUUGAUGCAUUUCGAAGCACACUCGGAAGAGUUACACAGCAUUGCCGGGACUAUCUUCAACCCGGUUUUUCUGGUUACAAUGAACUGUGAAAAUGAUUUCACGUCUGCUCUAAAGUUUCUAGUCGAGUGUGCGCAUUCUUCAGCAUCCAAACUGCGGGUUGUUGACUUAAAAGGGGUCUGUCUUUGCGGGAAUUCCUUUUCGAGCCUUGCCGAACAGCUCAAGAGCCUUAAGGAGCUGCAGGAGUUGAAACUCGGCACCAGUGAAGGUUCGUAUGCAGAAGACAUAAUAAUCGCUCUUGUUAAAGAUGUCUUACCAUCAUUGCAGCGUAAUCUACGUGUCCUGGAAGUGUUCAUUCCAACGGAGUCAUCAGUUAACCCAGAAGCCAUCCUGGCAGUUAUGCAGUGGGCUUGUGCUUCACCAUCCAUGAAUGAACUCAAUUUGUACCGGCUCAAAUCAGGGCUGUUUCCACAGCCAUACACAGAAUAUAUACCUGAUAGCAUUGACGCAGUGAAUGCUGAACAUCAGCCAACCCAGAGCUCCAUUCAAGGGUUAAACGUCAGUGGAAACUCCUUCGGCCAGUGCACGGCAGCUGUCAUUGAACUUUUGAAGCAAAUGCCGUUCUUAAAGAGAUUAGACAUGGAGGAUAUGAGCUUUGAGGAAUCCGACUGGACUGACCUUGUAGAGGUUCUCAAGGGCUGCCAACAGCUUCAAUUUUUAAAUCUGUCCGGAAACAGCGUGAAUGACAAGGGUCUUGAAGCUUUAUUGGAAAUAAUUCCGAUGCUCCCAGAUCUUUACAGGGGUUUCUCAGACGAAGGAGUCAAGGAAUACAUUCAGAAGUUUUUCAAAGGCGGCGAGUCGGAGCAUUCUAACGCGUCAGAGGAAUUUGACGAUUCAGAGGAUUCUUACGGGCUCUACGAAAAUUUGAAGACAUCUGGGACCCUUCUUAGUUAG